AUGACCGAUAUCACACCAACACUAAGCACUAUCCUCUCCGCCAAAAAUGCACGCCCCAUCCCAGCUCCAGCAACCCGAACCCCAUCAACCGAGGUCGCAGAUGAGUUCCUCAAGGAGGCCCAUCGCAUUAACUCCCACAUAACCUCCCUCCUUAAAUACCUCCACUCAAUCCGCCACGCCUACCUCACCACAACCGCCAACCCCCGCCGCCAAACCAAAGACACCCACAACCACUCUAUCUACAUUUCCCAAUCCCACUCUCAUUCCCAAACAAACCACCUCACCGACCCUGAACGCGACGAAAUCGACACCUCAACAGCCCUCCUCCUCCGCGACCUCGCAAGCUCAAUAACAAACCUCUCCUCCGCCGAAUCCCUCCGCCAAGAAACCUCCGCCUCCAUCCUGCGCAAGAAAUACGGCCACAGCGCCGCAGGCGCACUCCUCUGGCGCUGGGCUGGCGGCGGCAGCGCGCUCGAUGAGUCCUCCGCGCAGCAGGGGAAAUCCGCGGAGCAGAUUGAGGCGGAGGAGAAGGCGAAGAUGAUUGCGGGGGUGCGCGAGGGUGUACUUUGGUUUUUGAGGAGGGGGUUGGAUGGGGUUGUGGGUGUGCAGAGGGAGAUGGUGGAGAAGAGGAUUGAGAGGGUUAGGGAGAAGGAGAAGAGUGUUUUGUAUAAGAGUGCUAGUACCGCUGCUGGUGCUGGUGUGACGAAGGGUGGGGAUGGGUCUGUGGAUAGGACGAUGGAUAUUUCGACAUCGUCGGUGCAAGCGCCUGAUGCGAUGAUCUUGAGUGAGGCGGAAACGGCACGGAUCGAGGCGCAGUUAUCCCCGGAGCAAUUACAGUUGUUUGCGGAGGAGAACGAUACUAUGCUAAGGCAUUAUGAGGAUACGUUGGGGAAAGUACAGAACGCAGAAAAAUCUCUCUUGGAAAUAUCCUCCCUUCAAGAAACCCUCGUCUCCCAUCUCGCCACGCAGGAGGAGUAUAUCUCGCAAUUGGUCAGCGACGUGGAUACGACGCAGAGCAAUGUGGGUCGUGGUAAUAAGGAGCUUAAGCGUGCGACGGAAAGACGGAGUACGGCGCAAGCGGUGUUUUGGGGGACGGUGGGUUUGUGUACGUGGCUUGUGGUGUGGGAUUUAGUGUUUUAAAAAAAAGAGAGAGAGAACUUGGAAGGUGAAGUUCAGAGCGGCAGGCUCUUAAGAGAUUGGGUGUCUAUAUGAGGUGCUCUGUUUUAGCGAUUAUUUGCAUCAACUACUAUUCUGACAUACAUCAUACCGCAUCCUUGACUGUGUUUAUAUGACAGUGCUUUAAUAAAUAGACCCAGUGUUAAGCUCACCCUUGAGACGAGCAAUAUGCGCAGUAUUCCGACCGAGUU